AUGCAACCACGGAUCAUCAUCAUUGCCACCAUCUGCCUUGUCCUAUCCCUCCUAUGGCAACCACACCAUGAUCCAACAAUAGUGACAGCACGACCCAACAAGUCCUUCAACAAGGAUCCUCGUCGUCUCAAUUUCAUAUUCGGAACCAACGUAAAUCCUCUCAUUCAACAAACCAUCACUCGCCAUUUGAAUCAAUUAUCGUUUGAACUCAUUGGAGAUCAAUCCUUGUUACUCUCCUUUGGUAAUACCAGUACAACUUUACAAUACAUUUCACGUCAAGAAUUGACAUUAUUGGGACAUGAUGGUUUCAUUGUGAAAACGAUCAUGGUUUCAUUAUUGAAUUCAACAACUUCUAGUAACAGCAACAUUUCACAAGUCAUUAUAUCUGUGGAUGGAAAUAGUGGAUUAUUGGCAUCACACGUAAAUAAUGGAGUAUCCUAUGGUUGUUAUGCAGUAUUACAAGAAUUAUUUGGGUUUGGAUUUGCUCAUCCAUUCCGAAUGACACCUUCUCCACUCGUUCAUCAAGAAAAACCUCUCGAUUUGGUACAAUUCUUACAACAACAUCAGAGAUUACCAUUGAAUCUUGUCGAACGACCUCAUCUUUCAAGAAGAGGUAUUCAUAUUCAUACGGAACAUCCUUUGGAAAUGACACACUUUUUGAAUGGUUUCGGAAAUGACAUGUCACUCGAAUAUGAUCAGUGGAUUCUUGGAAUGAAAGAAUGGGAGCAGACUUGUGAGUGGUUAAUUGCCAAUCGACAAAAUAGUGUGCAAUGGAUUAUUCUGUAUGCAGACAAGUGGAAAGAUUUUGCAGAUUCACACGAACGUCAAACGAGACUUUCACUCAUUGUUCACACAGCACAAUCGUAUGGUUUGAGUGUUGGCAUUGAUGUUCCCAUUGUGAUGGAGCAACAACAUGCAUGGAGAUUGAUUCGAAAGUUGGGACAAUAUCAAGACGAAAUUCGUCAAUUGCAUUCGAAUAUUGAUUAUAUUAUGGCAACUGGUGCUGAUUUUAUGGCUACUGAACUUGGAUUUUCUGAAUUCACUCAUGGAAGUGCUGAGAAAAUGUUGGCCUAUCUCAAUGAAAGUGCUCUCUAUUUGGAUUUGAAAUAUCACAAACCCAUCUUUGCCAAAGUUCACAUUUCACAAGGUCAAUAUGUGAAAGAAUAUAUCGAUCCAUUGACUGGAAAGCCAGGAUUGAAUUUUAACUUCUUGCCUUAUUAUGCAGAUCCGAGAUUGGGAAUUAUGCCUCAUACUGUGGAAAUUUAUGCAUUGGAUGAUCCUGCAUUUACUUAUGGAAAUACGAAUUUUACACAAAUGAGAGAUUUUAUGUUUUUAGAGAUGGGAAAACGACAAGUCAUUUGGCAUCCAGAAACUGCCUAUUGGAUUACCUUUGAUAGUAGUGUUCCAUUAUUCUUACCAACUUAUAUCGAUCGAAGAUUACACGAUCUAAGACUCAUUGCCAGACAAAGUGCCAAAACUGGAGUGCCACUGGAUGGGCAAGUCAUCUUUUCGUCAGGAUGGGAAUAUGGCUAUUGGUUGAAUGAUAUUGUGACCAUGCGAAUGGCAUGGAAUCCUCAUUUAGAGGAAUCUGAUCAUGAACAAGCUCUGUUGAAAACAUUGGAUGAUGUCUCACGCUCCUUCAUCUUUGACCGUACCAUUCGAUCACAAUUCAAUUCCAUGACAGUUCAGGCCAUGUUGGAUCAAACCAAAUAUCUCAUCUAUGGAAGAGUGAAUCAUACACAACCUUCUAAUUUAUACAAGAGAGCAGGUAUUACAUUAUUAGAGGGAUGGGACACAUGGGGUGAGUUGAAUGUCCUCGCUGAUACUUGGUUUGGUAUGAAAAUGGAAACUCAACCCUCUAAAUUACAGUAUGAUCAAGUCGCAACAGGUUCUGAUCAUAUGAAUGAAUAUCAACACUAUAUUCGACCACUCUUGUUAGAAAUGCUUCAAAAUUUUAACACAACCGCAUACCGUUAUUUACAAUUAUUCCAGUCAGGAAUUGACCAGACAUGGUUCGAUCUCUAUUCAGACAUUGUCGAUAGUGCACUUUUAUUGAGUUACAGAACCAAACAAGUAUUUGAACUUUUUGAAUAUUCCGCAGCGAAAUACAAAUCGGAUCAAGCUGGACAAGAACUUCACAAGAAUUUAGCAAAACAAGCCAUUCAAGAUGCACAACUCGUGGUGAAUCAUCGCAUUCAGAAUUUCAGAGUACGAGAUCCUGAGGUCAUUAUUGGUUGGAACUUUAAUCCAACAGCCUAUCAUUUUGGCUAUUUAUGGCAAACCAAGAACUUGUACUUUUGGUGGAGAGAUUAUGGCAAGGUUGUUUUGAAUUACGAGUCGCCUUGUUUCAUGAAUGUUCAAGAUCCAGUCGAUAUUGUCAUUGGUGAAGGAUUUGCAGAAAAUAUGGCUGAGGAAUUGAGAAAAUUAUUGAACUAUUUAAAGUUUUUGGAUGGUAUUGCAGAUUGUUUGGCUGCUCCAAUGGAUGAACCAAAAAUUCCACCUUUUCAAGUGUGA